AUGCCCAUCAGGGCAAAGUGGUGUGUUCCCCUCGUCACCCACCCCAAUCCCCGUCUGGAAGUCGAGUUCCCUCGAUCCGAAGCCCAAUCUGACUUGCUCUUUCUCCUUUCCAGCGCCUCGCCAAGUGGUUCACCACUCUCUCCCCCCAAGGAGAAGGCCAAGAUCAUCAAGGAUGUGACCCAGCUGGUGCUGUCCCGCCGGACGCGGAUGUGCAAUUUUCUGGAAUACAAAGACUCGAAAGUGGUCUACCGUCGCUAUGCAUCACUCUUCUUCAUCGCGGGAUGUUCGUCGACCGACAAUGAAUUAAUCACCCUGGAGGUGGUGCACCGUUAUGUGGAGCAGAUGGACAAAUACUACGGGAAUGUGUGUGAGCUGGACAUCAUUUUCAAUUUCCAAAAGGCAUAUUUCAUCCUGGAUGAGUUAUUAUUGGCGGGGGAAUUGCAAGAGAGCAGCAAGAAGAAUGUGCUACGAUGUAUCAGCCAGCAGGACAGCUUGGAGGAUAUGGAGGAUACAGAAGAUGUGACGCGCAACCUGGAGCGAGUGGGCUUAUAG